CACAGUGAUAGAGAGAGAAAAAAGGAGGAGGAGGGAGAGAGAGAGAUAGACGUUCUUUAGUUUUCGAUAUGUUCCCAGAUAUUUUUUCAGUUUGUACGGUACUACCAACUAAGCAAAAAAAACAAUAAGUCUUGCUUACAAAAAUAAAGCUUUUACCAAGAUCGUUAUUGUCUUUUCUUCUCCUAGACCACAAGGACAAGAAAAAAGCGGACAAAUGUUGCUUUGUUUACUACCAGGGGCCUUCUUUAUACACACUUUUUUGAAUUACUCAAACUUCUUCCUAUCUAGAUUCAUACUGAAAGUUUUAUUUUCUCUUUUAGGUUUUGAAAUCAAAUAAUUAUUCUGAUGCAAAUUUGAGAAAACAUCUUGGAAUGCUACAUCAAAAAGAAGAAUUAAUGUUUGAAUCACAAAAACGUCUAUAUUCAUCAAAACCAAAAUUAAUAACAACAGAAAGGAAAAAGGAAUUAGAUAACGCUGCUGUUGACUGCAUAAUUAGAGAUUCACGGUCGUUUGGUGAUUUUCGUAGAGAAGGUAUGCGUGAAUUUUUGGAUAUAGCCGUACCCGGAUAUAAAGGUGUUCAUCGUAAAACAGUGCAUAAACGAUUAUCCACAUUAUAUAGUGAAUAUCGGCAUGAAUUACGUGAAGUAUUGUCAAAAGUAUCGGAUAUUGCAUUAACAAGUGAUGUGUGGAAGAACAAUGCACGAACCCAUUUUAUUUGUUUAACAGCUCAUUAUUAUGAUGAGAAUUACAAAUACGUAUCAAGAAUCAUUGGUUUUCGCCGUUUACGAGGACAACAUCUUGCAAUAAGAUUGAGACGUUUCAUUCGAUAUGAAAUAGAGAAAUUACAAAUAACAUCAAAAAUUCGAUCUAUUACUACCGACAAGGGUAGUGACAUUAACUGUGCAGCAAAUACACUUGAAUUUGGUACAAAGACAUCUUGCUUAGCACAUAAUUUAAAUCUGGUCAUAUCAAAUGGUCUGUGGUUAUGGAAAAAGCCGACAGAAACGAGGUAA